AUGAACGCCCCGGUCGGUGACACCUUCGCGACCCUGUCGAUGGAGUCUAAGGUGGUUCUCUUCUCAUUAGCCUUUGUGUGGGUGUACUUGGUGAUCACCGCAGUCCUCUCUUGGACGAAAUCCGCAGCGAGGUGGAUCUACGACCUGCUGGGUUUCGGUCUCGAUGAGGAGGAGAUGCUGGGCAUCAAGCACCAUAAAAAGGGUGGUAACAGGUCCAAGUCCAAGUCCAAGUCCAAGUCCAAGUCUGGAAAUGGUGGUAAGGUCAACAAACCCGCGGGGGAUGCCGCGUCGUCUGGCCCUUCGGAGACUCCCUUGGGGGUUGGCCAACAACGCGAAGGCGCGUCGUCCGUCGUGCCAAAGAAACCCUCAAAGACCCACAAGAAACCCCAGCACGCGGCAGAGAAGAACCAUCCACUCCACAUCAACACGCUGAAGGGACACACGGAUGCAGUGAACAUGGUGAGUUUCAGCGGCAACGGUUCGACAGUGGUCACCGCGUGUGACGACGCGACGGUGAGAGUUUUCAGACUGGAUGGCGGUGCCACAUGCAGGGCCCCAAGGACCCUGCGAAUCCCCCUCGAUCGCGAUGCGACCGGCGCGUGCUUCGCCAACGUGGCGGCGCUGGAUGAUCCGGCAGCGACAGAUGGAAUCGUUGUAAUGGGGACGUCGGGGUUGGGUGAAACUCGUCUCGUCAGUUUUGCUAUUUACGAUGCGGCGGGCAAGCCCCCGGAGGUGCGAUGGGAUAAGAAGAGCGCCAUGGACGGAAAGACGGCAAUCUCUCUGUCUUGUGGGGGCGGGGGCGAAGGACUCGGUGUAGGGGGCGCGCCCAUACGGAUUCCUCCCGUAGCUGUGUGCUCGUCAGACUCCACGGGGGUACGGGUUUGGGCGGUUGACAGCGGGGUCGAAAUAGGUCGAUUUGACACCCUGCAGUUCAAGAACCACAAUGCGGCUGUUUCGAUGGAUGGGAACAUGAUCGCCGUUUCCACGUUCACGUCCGAGGUGAAGAUUUGGCUGGUUCUGCGCUCUAGGCAGGGCGCACCGAUGGGAGUCGACUCCAAGCGCGCGGCGAUGACUCUGAAGGGACACAGAUCCGCAGUGAACUGGGUGCAGUUCUCCCCAUGCAGCACAAGGGCCGUCACGGUGUCCAAGGAUAAGACGCUGAAACUUUGGAAUCUUUCGGUGAGGUACGACGUCGGCGAGGACCCCAAAGUUCUUGCGAGCGUGGACCUAUCGGACGAGUGCGGUGCUGGUCGAAUGCCGACCCGGGUCGCUUUGAGUGCGGCGGGCGUCGCCGCGGUCAUGAUCGGAAACUCGCUCGUCUUCUACAAGAUCUCCCAUGGGUUGGCGGGAACAAGCGUCAAGUUGGCGAGAGUAGACGCGCCGCAUGGAUCUGGCGCGGUAGUGAAAUGGAUGGAGUGGUCCCAGACACCUCACGCGAUCGACGGUGACGCAGUCGAAGUUCUGGCGACGGCGGGGAGCGACAAGAGAGUUUCGCUCUGGAGGAGCCCGCGUUCAUGA